AUGUCUCUGUUUGACGAUCUGUUUACCACUGAGGAGGAGCCGCCAAAACCAUCUACAACGGUCGAGUACCGCCAAAAGGACGGAAACACGAUUCUGGUCACGCUGAUUGGCUCGUCGCCGCUUUACGGACACAUUCUCACAAAUGCUUGCCAAUCGCUAGCAAAAGAGCUGGAAAAUGACCCGCAACUCGUGGCCGGCCGCACAGUGCUCGAGUUUGGCGCCGGCGGAGCAUUGCCGUCGUUGCUAUGUGCAAAAUUAGGCGCCAGAAAAGUGGUUGCCACGGAUUACCCCGACCCAGAGCUCAUAAGUAACAUUAGAGUCAACAUUGAGCAAAACGCAGUGAGCGCAAACUGCGUCGAGGCGGGCUACAUUUGGGGAAACGAUACUUCGCCGCUUUUGGAACUCCUGCCCCCCGGAUCGAAAACUUUCGACGUGCUGAUCCUAAGCGACGUGAUCUUCAACCAUACAGAGCAAACCAAGCUGCUCCGGAGCUGCAGAGAGCUUAUCACACCUCGCACCGGGAGGGUGCUGGUGCCGUUUUCGCCCCACCGGCCGAAGCUGCUGGAGGAAGACCUGGCUUUUUUCGAGACCGCAAAGGAGUACGGGUUUGAGGUGCACGACGAGGGGAUCGAGAAAUGGAGCCCGCUCUUCAAAAACGACACCGACGAGUCCACCGUCGAGAUCCGUAGCAGGGUGUACAAACGGUGGAUGCGGCUGGUGUGA